CGGGAUUGGAAUCUUCCACCGCACCUGUUAUCACUCGAUGUCUCAACUUGGCAUUAGGCACGUGCCAGUGUGUACAGACCAAUAAAGUAGACUGCUUACUUGGAUACACAACGCGCAGAUGUUCGCGUUAAUUAGCACCAUCCCUCGCGAUAGCCCUCAACACAAUACAAAGACCACCCACAGCACUCGGCGAGCCUACUCACCUGUGUCGCCUGUACGAUCGAUGAUACCGUCACUAUUCUCGAUAUUUCCCCAUCGAUAGCACCUCACGCGUCUAAGUCAUGGAUAUCUGGAAGGGAUCUGUAGAUGUUCCCUGUGUCGGCGGCGCGACCCGCACCCUUGAGAACCUCUGCCUGUCUACAGACCCAAAUACGCCUUCACCCACAACCUGGGUUACGAACCACCUCCGGGACCACAUCUCGAACAGCAGCUUCUCCUUCCUCUCGUACCUCCCACCGUCACGUAUCCCACUCUUCCUUGCCGCCGGGCCAUCGCUACAAGUAGCCACCACAUCUCCAGCAACAUGUGAUUUCUUCCGGAAGCUAUUCCUGUCGGCGCUACCCAGAGCAGAUGUGGAGGAGGAGACCACCGAGCAGUCGCGCAUCGCGCUUCUCCUGCAGGUGCACGCCAACCCAACCGACAGCCUUGACGAGGUGAAUCCUGGGGACUGGGGGAUUACCGAAAUCCUCAUCUACGGCGCGAUGACGUAUACUACCCCUCCCUCGGAGGACUCUGCAACAACACCACCCCACUCCUCGCCAGAUCUCCCACCGGUCCCCAUCGUCUCGGUACAUGCGCUCCCGCUAUCCUCGCGCCACAACUUCGCCGCAUACAUCCAGGUGAAGGCUGAGCCGGACCAGGAGGAUGCAAGGUACAUCGCGCCGAAUCCGCAGGAUGUGCUCAAUCCGUUUAUUUCGCGCUCGACGAAGAAGCGGCGUGCAGAUGCGCUCGACAGAGUCGUCGAUAAGAAGGUGAAGAGACAUAAGUCCGAUGAUGGGGUGAUGGGUGAUGGGCGGAACGCGUUGGGAGGGAGAAAUAAUAAUGCCGGGAGUCUCCCAUCGCCGACGGAGGAGUUGCCGGACCUUACGGGACCCCUCGUAACCAAGAAGCGGAAGUCGCUGGCCAGUAUGGGGGAAUUUCAGGCGCAGCCGAAGGGGUUCCAGCGCGCAAAUAGCAUGUUUAACCUUUCGGAUCGCAAGCCCGCCGCUCUUGUCCCGAGACCACGCUCCUCGUCAUCCCGAUUGGUCGAGAAGAACCUGAUCAAGAAAGAGCCGGAUGCGGUUGAGCGGUCCGAAAUUGAGAGCAAGAACCGCGAUCUACUCAAUAAGAUCGUGUUGGAGGAAAUGAGGCGGCGCGGGUUGAAGGACUACCGGAAAGACAAGGAUCAACGGGCCAAGUCCAUUAUGCCCGCCGGGGAAGAAGUAGUGGAAGUUGCUGUUCUAGAUGAAGAGAAGGAGCAGUGGAGAAAGUGGGAGGCUGAGAGAGAAGAGUAUAAAGGUGUUUUUCAUCAUACUGUCAAAGCUGCCGUGUUUGCGCUGCGGCACGAUGGGUUCAGUGAGGUCAUAAUAGUGGCGGAGAGGAUGAGGCGGGCUGCUGAUCUUUUGCUCAGCGUGUUUUUGGGUGAUAGGAAGGAGGACGCUGUCGAUGUGGUGAGACAGCCGGUUGAAGGAUAGGCUGUACUCUCUAUCCUGUUGGAGCGUUAUGGGUGUAAUUGUAGGGCGGUGUUUUGGUUUUCCUUUAUUCACACGGCAUUCUAUGGUGAUGAAUUUAUUUUGGCGUCUAUACUCGGGUUCACUUUUUGUAUAUAGCAAUACCAAUGUCUAUAUCUCGC